GGUACGUCAUCACGGCGCGCCGCCAGUCGAGCGUCUCCUGUUUACAACAUGGCGGCGGGGGAUAUGAGAGACAACCUGUUGGGGAUCUCGUGGGUUGACAGUGGAUGGGUGCCCAUCCUCAACCCGGGCAACGUGCUGGACUACUUUUCCGAGAGAAGUAACCCAUUUUACGACCGCACCUGCAACAAUGAGGUGGUCAAGAUGCAGCGGCUCACACUGGAACAUCUGAAUCAGAUGGUGGGUGUGGAGUACAUUCUUCUUCAUGCCCAGGAGCCCAUUCUGUACAUCAUCCGCAAGCAGCAGAGACACGCACCCUCACAAGGGGGCCCCGUCACGGUGCCGCUGGCUGACUACUACAUCAUAGCAGGGGUGGUGUACCAGGCCCCCGACCUGGGCUCUGUCAUUGGAUCCAGAGUGCUGUCCGCGGUGCAUGGGAUCCAGUCGGCCUUCGACGAGGCUAUGUCCUACUGCCGCUACCACCCCUCUAAAGGCUACUGGUGGCACUUCAAAGACCAGGAGGAGAGAGAGAAAGCCAAGCCUAAAUCCAAGAAGAAGGAGGAGCCUAGCUCUUUGUUCCAGAGGCAGCGCGUCGACAUGCUGCUGCUGGACCUCCGCUCCAAGUUCCCGCCCACAUUCUACCAGCCCAAACCUGGCGAGAAACCAAUCCCAGUGGAGGUGAAGAAGGAGCCGGAGCCUCCUGCAGAGACGGUGAAGCAGGAGACGGAGAGAGAGCCGGCCACCAAGACCUCCGCCCCUGCCCCCCCAAGCAAACCCCCCCCGGAGAAGAGAGCCCGACUCCAGUGAUCAGGGACCCCCCCCCCCCCUCCCCCCCAACCCGGAGGAACCCUGUGGAUCAACCCUCAGCCAAUCUGCCUCUCCUCAAGCCGGACAUGGAGGCGCCAGGGAAGCCCCUCUUCUCAGCCAAUCAGAUGCCAAGUAGUUUUGUUUUUUUAUUGGCUGGGAAGGGGGCUUCCCUGGCAAUAACACACAUUCAUACAUGAAUGCAUACACACAUACACAGUCUUGUACUCUCGCUCUUCAGGGGUUACAUUACAAAGCAGCUGUAAUCCCACAAAAUCGACCCAGCAGUGACAUCACACGUGGGCGUGUGAUGUCACUACCUGGCUGAACUGUACCGACUGGUAGGCUCAUGUAUCUGUCGGUCAUCUGGGUGGACAUGCCCACGCGUGAUGUCACCAUAGGGUAGAUUCUGAAGUGGCUGGUCAUGGCUAACAGACGUAAACACAGCUGGUGGUAAAGAUGUCAGAGCUUUUUAAAGCCUUCCCGUUGUGCUGAGUGAGUUUUGUAUGGGCCCGUCGCAAGGCUGACAUCAGCGGGCCGUUUUGACAUCAGCAGUAUUUUCUUUCCGUAAUGAAUCAUUAGGUCAUUCUUACUCACGAGCUUUGCUGAGUGAGGGGAUUUAUCGCAAGACAAAGAAAGGGUUGUCUUCUCAGUCUUCAACAUGUUUGAUGUUUUGAUCAAGAAACCUAAUGCUGGCUGGCCUGUUUUUGAUAAAAGUACAUUCGUAUCCUGUUAUUCUUCAUGUUUUAUUAUUUGUUUAAAAUAAUCUGAUUCAGUUAAAAAUGAAAGUGAAUUUUGAAUGGCAAGAUUGACUUUGUGUCAAAUAAAAUGUGUUUUGAAAUGUGU